AUGACCCUCCAAGCUAUCAAAUACAACAACGGUGACCUUGCGAUCAUCGAUCAAUUACAACUGCCACACGUGGAAAAAUAUGUCACAAUACACAACAGUGAAGAAGGCUGGCAUGCGAUCAAGGAUAUGCGAGUGCGAGGAGCACCGGCCAUUGCUAUUGUGGCAGCCCUCGCCCUCGCCUCUGAGUUGCACGGCCUGAUGGCGCAUGACAAACUGUCCCCUGAGGCCGAAGACGUCCAGACUUUCGUGGUAGAAAAACUGCGGUACCUCGUGAGCAGCCGGCCUACAGCCGUCAACCUCAGUGAUGCGGCGCGUAAGCUUGAGGUAGUGGUUGCACAGAGCGCUCGCGCCCCUGGCGCGACGGGCAAGACGGUGGCUACGGCCUUCAUCCAGGCAGCGGAAGAGAUGCUAGUUAAGGAUGUGGAAGACAAUAAGAAAAUUGGCGAGCAUGGUGCCCAGUGGAUCUUGAAGAAUUCUCUCGAGGGACACGGAAAAGCUACAGUGCUGACUCACUGUAACACGGGGUCCCUUGCGACUUCGGGCUACGGAACUGCUCUAGGCGUGAUCCGCUCCCUCGCGUCGGCCGAUUCGCUACAGCACGCAUAUUGUACAGAGACAAGACCAUACAACCAGGGCUCCCGGCUGACGGCAUUCGAACUCGUUCAUGACGCGCUCCCCGCGACCCUCAUCACCGAUUCUAUGGCGGCUGCCCUGCUCGCCAGUAAGAAGGCUGGUGUGAAUGCGAUAGUUGUAGGAGCGGACAGGGUCGCCGCAAAUGGCGACACGGCGAACAAGAUCGGUACCUAUGGCCUUGCGGUUCUCGCAAAGUACCAUAAUGUGAAGUUCUUGGUCGCUGCACCACUCACGACAAUUGACCUGAACACCAAGUCUGGAGAUCAGAUUGUUAUUGAAGAGCGUUUGGCGUCGGAGGUGACGAGUAUUAGAGGACCGCGGGAUAAUACAGGUAGCGAGGAUGUGGAACUGGUCACCGUCUGCACCGCGGCCAAGGGGAUCAACGUCUGGAAUCCCGCAUUUGAUGUUACGCCUGCGGCCCUCAUUGAUGGGAUCAUAACAGAGAAAGGUGUGAUGGAGAAGGAUUCUGCGGGUAUGUUUCAUUUAGAAGAGCUGUUUUGA